UCGGCCUUAUAGCGAUUCUGCUUCGCUCGGACACGGACUCAGAUCGGACUCGAAAUCGGUUCAGUUAGUGACACAGAAAUAAAAAAAAAAAAUGGUAAUAGUUUUGGGAUUGGCAGAACGCUAAUCACGGAAGGAGAAGGUGUGGCGCCCGUCCGCACCUGGAGGAAAUAAGGAAAAUCGAGCAUCUUGUGCACACUGAUCAAUCGCGUAUCAACCUUGAACUUGCGCCGCAAAUCGCGUUAAUUUUUGUUUUGUUUUUGUUUUUUGUAUUUUUCAAUUAGAUGCAGGCCAACGCUGCCGCCAAGUGAGUGCAAUUCGCUGCGUUCGAGUGUAUAAAAAUAAAUGAAACAAAAAUAAAAUAAAAUAAAUAACCAAAUAAACGAAAAAUAAAAGCUAAAAACUGCAAAAGCGCAGGAAGUGCACCGUCUCUGUCGCCAAUUUUGCAAUCUUGCCAAAGGAGAUACUAUAGGGAGUCCGCUGCUCUCGGCGAGGGAAUAUAGGCUUUCAGGCAGUCGCCAUGGAGAAGAAGGUGUACCAGGACACCACCCGUCCACUGCCCAGGACUAGGUACUAUAACAAACAGGAUAAGAGCGAUCUGGGCGAGGACUUUGUGGCCCCCGAUGGCGGCUGGGCUUGGGUCGUGUGCGUGGCAGCAGGUGUUUCCAAUCUAUCUAUUUAUCCCUGCCUGCAGCAGUUUGGUUUCCUAUUCAAGGAUCGGCUGGGCAGCCUGGGCAUGUCCAGCUCACAAAUCACAGCCAUUAUCAAUACGAAUCCAGCCAUUUCGGCCUGCACGGGUUUGCUGAAUGGUCCCAUGUUUAGGAGAUUCACCUUCCGGCAGGUGGCCAUGGCUGGAGCCCUGCUCAUCUCCGGCGGCAUCAUGUUGACCGCCUUCUGUGAGACCUUUCUGGGUUAUAUGGUGGCCUAUUCCCUGCUGUUUGGCUUUGGCAUGGGCAUCAGUGUCUCUGCCUCCUCGCUGGCCAUUAAUACAUACUUCCAGAAGAAGCGUCGCCGGGCGGCGGGCUUCUCUUGGACCAUCACGGGCCUGGGACCAAUCUUCCUGCCCCACUUGGUCACCUUUAUGCUAACUAUCUAUGGCGUCCAAGGCACUACUCUACUCUUUGCCGCCAUCUCUCUCCAUGCCUUUGUGUGUGCCCUCAUCUACCAGCCAGUGCGUUACCAUGUGAAGCCUCAUCCGCCUCAGAAAGAGGAUUUGGUAGAUCCAGAGGCAGAGGCUGGGGCACCACUGUGUGCCCACUGUGCCUGGCAGCAGAAACGCGAACCGGGUGGCAUUUUCUCCAGCCAAUAUCUGUGCCAGGACGAUGAUGUCCAGCGACCUGGCUACGAGAUCUGUGAACCUGGCACACCGAUGCUCUCGCGAGCCAACGAUGGUUGGUUUGGCUCCAAGAUAUCCCUGACCUCGGGUCGUAUGCGUUUUCGCACUAUUUCGAGUUCCAAGGAUCUGGAGCAGACGCAGCGACUGCAUUGCCCCAUUAGCGAGGAGGAGGGUUCUGGAGCAGCACCGGAGGAGUUCCUGCGACCCAAUAACUUUCGACGCGAGCGAGUGGAGUCCACUACAUGCUGUCGCUGUCAGGAGAACAAUAAUGGCAGGGAAAAAUCCCAGGAGGAAGCAGGAGCAGCAAUAGCGGCAGCGGAGGAGUCUGUAGAUCCCUCUCGCAUGUCCUUUCUGGCCAAAGUGGUGACCUUCUUUGACCUGGAUCUGCUGCGGGAUUUCACUUUUGUGAACCUUGUCACCGGUUUGACAUUCAUCAACUUUGGUGAGCUCAACUUUUCCAUUCUGGUGCCCUUCAUCCUGGCUGACUUUGGCUUUGAUACGGGUCAAACCACGCUGGCCAUGUCCCUGUGCGCUGGCUUUGAUCUCCUGAUGCGGUUUCUAGUUCCAUUCCUCACCGAGAAGAUGCCUUGGGAUAAUCGGGUUUUCUUUCUCAUUGGAGUGGUGGGCAUUGCCCUCGGGCGCACUGUGGUGGCCUGUACGCGCUCCUAUCACCUGAUUUUGGGUAGUUUUGUGUGGAUUGGUCUGUGCAAGGGAAUACGUACUAUAUUUUGGCCACUGAUCAUACCGGGUUAUGUGCCGCUGAAUCGUUUGCCUGCCGCUUCAGGACUGCAGCUGCUCAUCUCGGGACUGUUCACCUUGAUCGGUGGUCCCUUUGUGGGAUUGGUGCGCGAUCGAUUUGAUUAUUCGGUGGCUUUGCACUGCCUUAAUACUAUGUCCUUUGUGGCGGCCGGUUCUUGGGCUUUGGAGGCCCUGAUACGGCGGCAUCGCCGCAAGCAGCGAUUGGUGGACAGAUGAUAAGUGGAGCAUCUAUGUACAUAGCCUAAAGGACUUGGGUCGAGGCGGCAUCCAACUCAAAGACAACAUUUUAGUUUAGAAGCAAAGAAUUUUUUAAAUAUUUUGUCUUAGC